AUGUCUGCUGCUGCCGCUGCUGCUGCCAAAAACGACGCAGUCGGGGAUUUACGAGUAAAAACAAGUUCAGGAGAAACUUUCAUUCCUGCAACACAGAGAGCAGACGGCACAUGGCGUAAAGCGAGAAAAGUGAAAAGCGGAUAUAUCCCUCAAGAAGAACAGCCCAAAUAUCAGAACAAGAUGCAACAAGCUGCUUCUACAUCACAAGGACGAUAUGUUGUUGGGAUCAAACCUCGAGACAUUCAACCUGCCGGUCCCAAGAAGCCAAUAGCCUGUGUCGAAAACUCCAAAAUAGCGAUUACCCCUAAAGAUCAUUUACAAAAGAAAAUAGAUAUUUUCCAAAGAAAAUUAGACGAGAUAGACUCUUUGAAGAAGAGGAUUGAUGCUGGAGAACUCAAGCCUGUGCCUAACCAGAUUACAAAAAUUGGAAGAACGCAGGAAUAUGAAGAUGAGAUUUCUAAGCUCACUGCUCAGAUGGAGAAACUUUAG